GCGGCUCCGUGACGCAAGGCCGCCGUGACUCAGGGGACUUCCGCCGCGCGUCGCUUGGCGACUGAAGAUAAAAGGGGAUGGCGGUAACUUGGAGAGCAGAGGAGACCGCAGAGAGAAGCAGCAGCAGCAGCAGCAGAAGAAGAGAAGGAGGAGAGAGUGACACAUUUCGAGAGGGUGAAUAUCGAGAGGUCGAGGAGAAUCUCUGGGCGGUGUCGCUGGUUGAAGUCGGUGAGGCGGAGACGCGUCGCGUGCGCAUGGAGACUCUAGUCAUUCGGACUUUGCUGCUGCUGGCGGUGGCGCUGUCGCUGUUGCUGUCUGCACAAGCAGCGAACCUGUGCUGCGGGAACCCGUGCCAGAACCGGGGCGUGUGCUCCACGGUGGGGUUCGACCGCUACGAAUGCGACUGCACCAGAACCGGCUUCUACGGGGACAACUGCACCACGCCCGAGCUGUGGACCGCAGUGAAGAUGGCCCUGAAGCCGAGCCCGGAGUCCGUGCACCACCUCCUCACGCACUUCCCCGGCGCCUGGCGCCUCGUCAACAGCGUGCCCUUCCUGCGCGAUGCCAUCAUGCGCUACGUGCUCAUGUCUCGCUCCACGCUGGUGCCCAGCCCGCCCACGUACAACGCGCGCUACGGCUACAAGUCGUGGGAGUCGUACUCCAACGUGAGCUACUUCACGCGCGUGCUGCCGCCCGUGCCCGAGGACUGCCCCACGCCCAUGGGGGUGGCCGGCAAGGCCCAGCUGCCUGACGCGCAGGAGUUGGCAGAGCGCUUCCUCAGGCGCCGCCGCUUCGUGCCGGACCCCCAGGGGACCAACCUCAUGUUCGCCUUCUUCGCGCAGCACUUCACCCACCAGUUCUUCAAGACGGACUUCAAGAAGGGGCCCGAGUUCACCCGCGCGCUGGGACACGGGGUGGAUCUGAGCCACGUGUACGGAGACUCGCUCGAGACCCAACACCAGCUGCGGCUCUUCAAGGGCGGGAAUUUGAAGUUCCAGGUGAUCGACGGGCAGGUGUACCCGCCGAGCGUGGACGAGGCGCGGGUGGCCAUGAUGUACCCGGAGCACGUGCCGGCACGGGCGCGCUUCGCCGUGGGCCACGAGAGCUUCGGCCUCGUGCCGGGCCUCAUGAUGUUCUCCACGCUGUGGCUGCGCGAGCACAACCGCGUGUGCGCCAUCCUGCGGGAGGACCACCCCGAGUGGGACGACGAACGCCUCUUCCAGACGGCCAGGCUCGUGCUCAUCGGUCAGACCAUUAAGAUCGUGAUUGAGGACUACGUGCAGCACCUGAGCGGCUACCACUUCCGGCUCAAGUUCGACCCCGAGCUCCUGUUCCGCGAGAACUUCCAGUACCGCAACCGCAUCGCUGCCGAGUUCAACCACCUGUACCACUGGCACCCGCUGAUGCCCGACGCGUUCGCCCUGCAGGGGCGCCUCGUGCGCUACCCCCAGUUCCUCUUCAACAACUCCGUGCUGCUGGAGCACGGAGUGGAGGGCCUCGUCGACUCGUUCGCUCGUCAGCAGGCCGGGCGGAUCGGAGGGGGUAAGAACAUCCACAGCUCCGUGCUGCGAGUGGCCGUGGCUGGGAUCAAGCACAGCCGUCAGAUGCGCUUUCAGUCGUUCAACGCCUACCGCAGGAGAUUCGGCCUCAAGUCCUACCGCUCCUUCGAGGAUGUCACCGGCGAGACGGAGAUGGCCGCGGAGCUGCGCGAGAUGUACGGAGACGUGGAGGCCCUGGAGCUCUACCCGGGGCUCAUCCUGGAACGGCCGCGGCCCGGCGCUAUCUUCGGCGAGACGAUGGUGGAGAUGGGCGCCCCCUUCUCUCUCAAGGGCCUCAUGGGGAACCCCAUCUGCUCGCCCGAGUACUGGAAGCCCAGCACAUUCGGGGGCGCCAGGGCCUUCGAGUUGGUGAACACGGCGUCGCUGCGUGGCCUCGUGUGCCGCAAUAUCCCGGGGCCCUGCCCCGAGCACGUGUCCUUCCGCGUGCCCGGAGAACUGGGGCCCGACGGGCAAUGGCAGCUCGGGGAGGCGCAGCAGUUCCAAGAGGAAGAGAACGAAGAUGCGUCGAGCGGGCACGCGCACGGACACGCGCACGGACACGCGCACGGACACGCGCACGGACACGCGCACGGACACGGAUACGAGCACGGACACGAACACUCGAAGCAGAAUAAGACCCGUGGGCGGCCUACCCCUUCCCCUGCGACCCCUGACCCCGAACCACGUGGAGACGCGGCUGCCCUCGCCGAUGGGAAGGGGCGCUCGGAUCUAUAAAGGGGAUUGGGGGGGGGGGGGAGAAUGUAUGUAUUGAAUGUGUGUUAAACUUAUUUCGCGCCGUACGUAACCAAUCGUGCCCAUGGGAGGUGCGGGAGAAGGAAAAAUAUUAAGGCGUGAGAAGUUGUUCUGUAUUUAUUUGCUCAGCGUUGUUGUUGAUGAUAUUUAUAUUUUCUAUGGAUUAUAUAGACGAUGUUUGUUCUUCAAUAUGUGUGGAGUGAAGCGAUGCUGGAUAGAGUGUGGGGUGUGCAGUGUGUCUUUGUUGUGUAUCUAUGCGCGGGCGUGUGCGUGUAUUAUGUGUGUGUCAAAGUACACCUAGCCUGGCACAAGGGCCGUGGUGACGUCACCGCCACUUCGUGGAGAAUGACGAUGGAUUCUUGAAUUGGACCUGAAAUGAGCAAAUGGUGCGUUUUGUAAACCACAUCCGCAUUGGGGAGAAAAAGGCGGGCGGGUGUGGUGCUGGCCACCUGCGCCGGUCUAACAGCACUUGCCUUGACUGCGUGUCUUUGUCGAUAAGUGUUAUUUCACUCAGACUGGAGCUAUUAAAUCGUAUUGUAUUUAUACUGCAUUUGACAUACAGAGUAUUUUUGUAAACAUUGUUUUAUAUCCGUCUAUGAGAUGUUCCACGUUGUCAAACGAUGAAUAAAUAUUGCCUGUAAAUA